AUGGCUACCAACACAGCUCCCCAGAUCAUAGACAUCCGCCAAGACGGUGGAGGUCUGACCCCACUGGUACCUCAGAUCCGAGAGGGCCUCAAUGCAAGAGAAGGACAAGAGAAGAGGCUGCCAACACUAUUGCUAUACAGCGAAGAUGGCCUGAAACUUUUCGAGAAGAUCACAUAUCUAGACGAGUAUUAUCCUACAGGACAGGAGAUACAAGUCCUGGAAGCCUACGCUGAUCGCAUUGCCGAUCGAAUUGCUCUCGAAUCCGACUCUAUGCUAGUAGAAUUAGGUAGUGGUAACCUCCGUAAAGUCCGUAUCCUCCUCGACGCCCUGGAUCGCAAAGGCAAGAACGUGUCAUACUAUGCUUUGGAUGUCUCCGAGGUAGAACUUCAACGCACUCUGGCCGAAGUACCCCAGGGUACUUUCAAGCACGUUCAAUGUCAUGGACUGCUUGGAACAUAUGAUGAAGGCCUUGAAUGGUUGAAGAAGCCUGAGAACGCUCAUCGCUCAAAAACAGUCCUAUCUCUAGGCUCAAGUAUAGGAAACUUCUCUAGGGCCGAGGCUGCAAAGUUCCUCGCCCAGUUCUCGGAGACGUUGGACCCCAAUGACACCUUGUUGUUGGGCGUCGACGCUUGCACAGAUGCAGACAAGGUGUACCACGCUUACAACGAUCGGGAAGGUCUGACACAUGAGUUCAUUCUUUGUGGUCUGAAACAAGCAAACAGACUACUUGGCUACGAAGCCUUUGACAUUAGCAAAUGGAAAGUCAUUGGUCAAUACAACAAGGAGACCGAUCGCCAUGAAGCCUUUGUCUCACCAAAAGAGGAUGUAACGAUAGAGGGCGCUCUGAUCCGUGCUGGAGAGCAGGUCAGAAUCGAAGAGAGCUACAAGUACAAUUCAGCCCAGAGUGAGAGACUCUGGUCUGACGCUGGCUUGACAGAGGGUGCCAGAUGGGCCAACUCUGAUGGUGACUAUGCCUUGCACUUGCUCAACAAGCCCAAGGUACAAUAUCCUUUGGUCGCUGAGAAAUAUGCCGCCCAACCUGUCCCUUCACUCGAAGAAUGGAACCAACUCUGGGCUGCUUGGGAUGCCGUCACCUUGGAGAUGAUCCCAGAGGAAGAGCUAUUGGAGAAACCUAUCAAGCUUCGUAAUGCUUGCAUCUUCUACCUUGGGCACAUCCCUACGUUCAUGGACAUUCACCUCACACGUGCAACUCACGGCAAGCCUACGGAACCAAGCUCUUACCCUAGUAUCUUUGAGAGAGGAAUCGAUCCUGAUGUGGAUGAUCCCGAGCAAUGCCAUGCCCACAGCGAGAUCCCAGAUUCGUGGCCACCAGCGACCGAGAUUCUUGACUUCCAAUCGAAAGUGCGAAUCAGAGUGAAGAAGUUGUAUGCUUCUGGACAGGCAACUAAUGAUCGCGCUGUAUCAAGAGCACUGUGGCUGUCAUACGAGCAUGAGAUCAUGCAUCUCGAGACGCUUUUAUACAUGCUUAUACAAAGUGAGAAGACCAUGGCCCCACCUACAACAGUGAUGCCAGACUUCGAAGCUCUGGCCGUUCAAGCAAGACAAGGCGCUGUCGAAAACCAAUGGUUCGACAUCCCAGCACAAGAGAUUGAGAUCGGUCUCGAGGAUCCUGAUGACAACUCUGGUCCCGAGCACUUCUUUGGAUGGGACAACGAAAAGCCCAAGCGCACUGUGCAGGUGCCUGCCUUCAAGGCUCAAGGAAGGCCUAUCACCAACGGCGAAUACGCCAAAUACCUUGAGGAGAACCACAUUGACACUCUCCCUGCAUCUUGGCAGACUCUGUCUCGUGCCAAUGGUGCAGAGGCUGCGACUGAUCCAUCAUCAGCUUUCCUCAACGGUAAAGCAGUACGUACUGUGUACGGUCCUGUGUCCCUGAAGCUAGCACUGGAUUGGCCUGUCUGCGCAUCAUACGAUGAAGUAGCAGGUUGCGCUCGCUGGAUGGGCGGCCGCAUCCCGACCAUGGAAGAAGCUCGAAGCAUCUAUCACUAUGUUGAGGAAGCGAAAACCAAAGCACAUAAAUCGCUUGGAGCUAGAAUCCCCGCUGUCAAUGCGCAUCUUGUCAAUGACGGCGUCGAAGAGUCACCACCAUCUAAAACCUCAUCUUCCAGCUCCGCAGGUCCAAACCCGAAGGAUCUGUUCGUGGACCUGCUAGGAGCUAACGUUGGUUUCCGACACUGGCAUCCCAUGCCCGUUUCGCAGUACGGAAACAAGCUUGCCGGUCAAUCGGAGAUGGGCGGUGUUUGGGAAUGGACCAGCACGGUGCUGAACAAACACGAGGGCUUUGAAGCCAUGCCCCUCUAUCCAGGUUACACAGCCGACUUCUUUGAUGGCAAGCACAACAUCGUUCUUGGUGGAUCCUGGGCAACACACCCACGCAUUGCAGGACGCAAGACCUUUGUCAAUUGGUACCAGAGGAAUUACCCCUUCGUCUGGGCGGGUGCCCGCAUGGUGAAGGAUGCAUGA